CUUUUUUUUUUAUUUUCAAUUCAAUUUCAUUCUCAUUUCCAUUGCUACAAUGUCGUUGACGCGUGAGAACCGGGACAAGAUUAUGGACCAGAUGCGCCAACAGAUGGCCGUUGCGCACGCACAGGAGCUGCUCCAGAAAAUGUCGGAACGGUGCUUUGUCAAGUGCGUCGUCAAGCCAGGCACGUCGCUGGAGCUGUCUGAGCGGCAAUGCGUCGCCAAGUGCAUGGAUCGGUACAUGGAGUCCUGGAACGUUGUUUCGCGCGCAUACGCCAACCGAAUUCAAACGUACUCGUCUGAUUCUUAAAGCGACACGUGUUGCUGUCGUGGUGCUGCUUCAGCUCGGCGGGUCGCGCAAACCAACAACACCUCCCUUCUUUUGUUGAAUGUUGAAAAAUUGAUACAAAAUCCAAUCAAAAAACCUUUUCCCCCUU